ACACAUUCAGGGACAGGGAAGGGCAGAAGAAGUUGAAGGGCAUUAGGACAAGGCAUUAAUCUCGUGCCAAAACUGCGUGGCGUUAUUUUUUUAUUUUCUUGAAGAAAGGACAGACGUUGAAGAGUUGUUUUAUUUUUUCUGUAAUAUUGAUAAUUGUUUUUUUGUUUUGUUUUUAAAGGUAGUGUAGUGUGCUCAAAGGCAGCGUGUCGGUUUACGGUUAGCACUUGGUUAGCGUUGAACAGGCCUUCUAAUAUGCGCGAUCACUUGUAGGUCGGACUUCAAUUUUAAUUCUUUAUUCAGAAUUUGCAUUUAACUGGAUUUAAUUGUAGACACAAUCGGCUGUCACAUGGAGUUAAUGUGCUAUGAAGAUGAAGCGAUUGCCACGAUGUCUGCCAAGGAAUCUGAUACCACCAGCCCUAUCCUCAGGGCCUGCUGCGAUCCUGUUUUGAUUAAAGACCGUCGGAUUUGCCUGAAUCUGAUGAUGCUAGAAAAACUCACCCAGACAUCAGAUUCAUUUUUUGGAUCUGUUCAAACGGACAUCCAACCUUACAUGAGACGAAUAUUGGCCGUAUGGAUGCUACAGGUCUGUGAAGAGCAGAAGUGCGAAGAAGAAGUUUUCCCGCUGGCCAUCAACUACCUGGACCGCUAUCUGAUGCGGUACCCCAUUGAUAAAGGACACUUGCAGCUGCUCGGAUCUGUGUGCAUGUUUGUGGCUUCUAAACUUAGAGAGACUGUGCCACUGAGUGCAUCGAAGCUCUGCAUCUACACGGACAAUUGUGUAUCAAUUCCCCAGCUCCUGCAGUGGGAGAUGAUUUUAGUUUCCAGACUGGAAUGGAAUCUUGCUGUGGUUCUGCCGUCGGACUUUCUGGAGCCCAUACUGGCAGACCUGCCCAUUCUUCGACAAGAUCUUCAUGUACUGCGAAAGCAUGCCCAUUCUUAUAUUGCUCUUGCUGCUACCGAGUUGCGGUUCUCCGUGUUCUUGCCAUCUGUCAUUGCGAGUGCCUGUGUCAUGGCUGCCAUUAGGAGACUGAAGCUCCUGAGUGCCUCCCUGUCCUACGAUGCCCUCCUGCAGCAGCUGGCUAGCUCCCUAGGCACUGACCUGACUCUCCUCUGCAGCUGUUUAUGUCAGCUGCAAGCUCUCUUGGACGUCAGUUUGCCUCCCACAUCGGCGGAAAAAUCGCGCGCCAACUCACCCGGCACAGAGGUCAGCGGCACGCCCAUAGAUAUCCAGGAUGUCAAGCUGGACUAGGCCUCUGACGUGUCUGUCACUCUCAUAGACAGUAUUGACGCCACAUCUAUUCCAGAUGUACCAUAAAGUGAAACUCUAUUUGUAGGGAAUAGCGGUGAUGAGUUGCACACAGCUUAAUAAAUAAUAAUUAUUAAUAACUGAGAUAUUUAUGACAAGAAUAGAAAUGAUGUGAGUCUACCGUGAAGAAAAAAAUGCUAAUUUAAAGAUGACAAAUGAGCUGCUUACCUGUUCUAUUAAAUUGCUGGAAAUCGGUUUGUUAUUAUUAUUCUUUCAGUUUCAGUAUAGUUUUACUGACAAAAGAGAUUUUUAUUUAAUGUGACAGUUCAGUACAUUGUAUUUAAACCUAAUAGAGUUUGGUCCUCAUUUAUUUACCAUGCGUUAGUGCUCUGCACAUUAGCCAGCACCAAGGCGAGGCACUCCAGGGAACCGUGUCCUCUGUGGCAUAUGAUCUGCACACAGGCAGGAAGGCAAAUAUUUGAAUGGCGAUUUUGGCCUGCCGUCUUGGUAAACAUUUGAUCUUGUCUAAAGUCCAUGAAUUGUUUUCUUGAAAUGCUGCUUUCCAUGUGUUGUUUGUCUUUAUAUAUGUGUAAUAAACUAUUAUACGUGUGAUUUUCCCAUGAA